AUAUAUAAAUCCCACAUGCAGCCUAAAUAAACCAAAACAAACAAAACCAAAACCAACCAAAAUCGAACCACCAAAAAUCCAGCCGCGCGCAGCAAACUACAUAUUUUUAGCCCCAAAUAACUAGUGAUGAAGCGCGCGGCCGCAAGUAUACUAGGCAGUCUGGUGAAGCUGCUACUGCUACUCCUGCCACUUUCGGCGAAUGCGGCAGUCUACAAAGUCGGAGACUCGGCUGGUUGGACUACCAUUGGUAAUGUCGACUAUAAGAAGUGGGCUGCAACUAAAACAUUCUCUCUCUCUGAUGUUAUUGUUUUUCAAUACAAUCCACAAUUUCACAACGUUAUGCAAGUGAAUCAUGCUGCGUACAAGGAAUGUAACGCAUCGUCCCCUAUAGCAACUCACACCACAGGAAACGACACCAUCACUGUUACUAGGCAUGGCCACUACUUCUUCCUUUGUGGUGUUCCUGGUCACUGUCAAGCGGGGCAGAAAGUUGACAUUCAUGUGCCGCGCACUACUACUUCUUCAUUGGCGCCAUCUCCUUCAUUCUCAGUUGCUUCCUCCCCUGCGAACCCUGUUGCUAGUGCCGUGUCUCCUGGUCCUUCAAGUGCUGCGCCGACUGUUACACCAUUGGAUCCACUAAAGGGCCUGCUCAGUAUAACUGCAGCUGCAUUUCUUGCAUUUUUGUUUAGUUCCGGCCAGUGUCUGAUGUAGUAGUAAUAAUCACUAAUACUUAAAAGCUGUGUUUGUGGUUUAGACUAUGGUUUUCUUAAAUGUGGAUAAGUGGCAAAGCUCUUAAAAGACAAUUGUAUUAGUAAGUGAUGGAAAAUUCAACGUUUUUGCACAAGAAUGACCA